GAAGGGAAUGUGGUGGUGCUUACAAUUCUAUUCUUGUUGCAUUCAUAAUUUCAUAUCCCCUCUCUCUCUAUUAAUUUCCACCACUCUUUGUGAAAGUGAAUGAUAAAUUGAAGAUGGGGAGACAACCUUGCUGUGACAAAGUUGGAUUGAAGAAAGGGCCAUGGACUGCUGAUGAAGACAAGAAACUCAUCAAUUUCAUUCUCACCAAUGGCCAAUGCUGCUGGAGAUCUGUCCCUAAACUUGCUGGGCUGCUGAGGUGUGGGAAGAGCUGCAGAUUGAGAUGGAUUAACUAUCUGAGGCCAGAUUUGAAAAGAGGACUUCUCUCUGAUGAAGAAGAGAAAUUGGUCAUUCAUCUUCAUGCCCAGCUUGGCAACAGAUGGUCCAAGAUUGCCUCUCACAUGGCCGGGAGAACAGACAACGAAAUCAAAAAUCACUGGAACACACACAUUAAAAAGAAGUUGAAAAAAAUGGGAAUCGACCCCACAACCCACCAACCUCUGCCAACCCCCGCCGUCGAUCAGCCGCUGCCGGAAUCGGAAAAAACAGAGUCCAAGUCAACCACAUUUGAGCAGUCAACCAUUUCAACUGAUGAUAGCAAUAAUGAUGAGAAAAUCAUCGAGUCAAACAACGAUGUGCUGUUAGUCAGCAGCUCCGAUUUCUGCAUUGAUGAGAUUCCGGUGAUCGGGCCCCACGAGAUCAUGCUGGCGCCCGAUCAGAGCUCCCCGACGCCUUCGUGCUCGUCGUCUUGCUCCAGCAAUGGCGCGUCGUGGCCAAACGCAGCGGGGUUGGCAGCGCAGAGCUUUGAGGAUUACUGCAGUGAGAUUGUGAAUAGUGAUAUAUGGGAGCAAGAUUUUAAGGAUGUGUUUGAUUUGUUGGGAGAUUUUGAGAGUGAUUUGAAGGAGGAAGAUGCCAUGAAUCUUGAUUCUUCUUCAUGGGAGAUGAUCAAAUUUAAUGUCAUGUGAAAUGUUAAUUGGUACUAGUUUUUAGUAUUUUUCUUUUAGUGAAUAAUGGUUAUGGAGAGUGAGAGUUGGAAAUAUUUUUCUUCAUUGUGGCCCACAUUUUUAGUUGCUCUGAAAUUUGAGGUAACUAAUAGAGGAAUAUUAACCAUUUUUCUUUGUCGUAUUUAGUUGCUUUGAGAAUUGGUAAGAGUAAUAUUAACCAUUUCUUGGAUAUUGAUGGGGGGUCACUAACUGUUGUAUUGAAUAUAGGAGUUGAGAUAUGAGAAUAUGAUAAAGGACUUUGACUUGUUA